ACCUCACCGCGGAACUCAAAACACGGUUCGAGGUUCAAACCUGAGCUGGAAGUCGUGAAUAUAAAACCUAUGGUUUCUCUUCCACCUUGCGCUUCUUUCUCGGAUUACAGCGGUGCGUCACGAACAUUUCGUAUGUGAUAUACACUUCCUAGAAGCGAAGUUACUUAAGACCUGGCAGGUAGGAGAAGAGAGAUGGUGAACCCGACGACAGUCGCUUUGUCCAAAGUAUAAAUGUGCUGAUAAGGCGUCUUUUUUAAGUGGACCGCCAGUGACACGACGACAGAGCCGCCGCGCCACGCUGUCACUCUGAACCUGGCGACUGUGUAAGUCAACUGCAAGAUGAGUUCAGAUGAGCAAUUGUCACCACUGUCUCCCAAGACGUCACCUGUCACACCAUUUCAACAACGGAAAGAAAGUAACUCGUCAUCAGAUGACAACAGACAGGCAAGACAAGGCAGUUGGGAGGUGGUUGAGGAUAUGCAGGGAUUGAUAGGAGAUAUCCAAAAGCCCGAGAAGCAGGAAGGUUUGCUGUUAAAAAAGAGGAAGUGGCCUAUGAAGGGCUGGCAUAAGAGAUAUUUCCUGCUUGAAAGGGGGAUCCUUACAUAUGCCAAGACUGGCAGUGAUCUAAAGAAGGGGAGAUUACGAGGCCGCAUUGAUGUUGGUCUUUCUGUCAUGGCCAUGAAGAAAAAGUCCAUGUGCAUCGACCUGGACACAGAGGACAGUAUCUAUCACCUCAAGGCAAAGACUCGGAGUCUGUUUGAUCUGUGGGUGAUGCAACUACGGCAUCAUCGAAUUUUCCGUCAGAAUGAGAUUGCCAUGGAGCCUCCCGAGAGACAGCUGCAAUCUGACCCCGCCUCCAGCAGACAAUGUCCCCAGCGUUCUUUUAUCUCCAUGCAGCCUUCAGCCUUAUUGAAGAACAACUGGCGCCAAAACUCACAAGAUAUGGAGAAAUGCUACAAAGAUCUGUCAGAGUGUGAAUCUUCAUUGCUGGAAUUAAAUCUGCUGCUGAAAAAUAUGGAGGUUCUUCAUCGAACAUUCUCAGCACCUGCCAUUAACUUACUGCAGAGCGAAGGUUCCAAAAAAGAGAAACGAGGACACAAAAAAUGGAAAUCAAAGAAUUAUAGCAAGGAAAAUAAAAAUGCUCUACAGAAUCCUGAUGCUCCAUCUUCUCGUCUACAUGUGUCCCAUCCUAACUUGGUAUAUUCAGAACCCGUUUCACCAGACUCAUGCCUGGAGAGUCCAGACUCACCCACGGAAGCCUCUCGAAUGCAGGAGGAGUUCUGUCGGCUUGCUGGCACUGUUCAUUCCACUCUUCGGUCAGCGUACUCUUUACUUUGCUCCGAGAGAGACAGAGUCAAGAACACACUGGAUUUUAUCAGUGAGAAGGACGUCUUUGAUGGGUCACGGCCUUUGCUGCAGCAAAUGUCUAGUGAGAGCCGAGGGUCAAUCCCAGAAUCCAUGUCAGAGUUCUUUGAUGCUAAAGAGUACCUGCUGUCUGGCAGCUCAUCUGAUAAUGAGGUGUCUGAUGAUGAUUCUUACGUCAGUGAUGUAAGCGACAGUACAUCAGUAGAGUUUUGCAGGAAUGAGAAUGGCAACAUGAGGGAGAUUUUUGUGUCUUCAGGUAAUGGCAAUGAGAGUGCAGUGAUGCGGCGAGCACGUUUACCAAGUGCACGCAUGAACGAGAGUGUAAAUCUGUGGAGUAUCUUGCGCAGUAACAUCGGUAAAGACCUGUCAAAAGUGGCCAUGCCUGUUCAACUCAAUGAACCCAUGAACACUCUGCAGAGACUGUGUGAGGAAGUUGAAUACUGCCACCUGCUGGACACUGCUGCAAACACACACGACCCACAUAUGCGCAUGGUUUAUAUAGCAGCAUUUGCUAUUUCUGCCUAUGCAUGCUCGUUCACUAGAGCAGGAGGAAAACCAUUUAAUCCUAUAUUGGGAGAAACAUUCGAGUGUAUGCGGGCGGAUAAGGGCUUCCGCUUCAUUGCUGAACAAGUCAGUCACCAUCCACCUGUGUCUGCUUGCCAUUGCGAGUCUAAAAGCUACACGUUUUGGCAAGAUAUGCGCUGGAAGAAUAAGUUUUGGGGAAAAUCGAUGGAGAUUGUUCCCAUGGGAGUCACUCAUUUAGAGUUGCCAGGUUUUGGGGAUCGUUAUGAGUGGAGUAAGGUCACUUCAUGCAUUCAUAACAUUCUGAGUGGUCAGCGCUGGAUCGAGCACUAUGGGGAAAUGUCAAUUAAACACUCGAACACUACUGGAGAUGUCAGUCAUUGCAAAAUCACAUUUCUUAAGUCAAGGUCUGGGGGUCUGAAUGCUAAUGAGGUAGAGGGUCUGGUUACUGAUUUGGAGGGGCGUAUCAUUCACUCCUUGUUUGGCAAGUGGAACGAGGCCUUGUAUCUGGGCAAACCGCCUUCAGCAACGUGCAUCUGGAGAGCAAAUCCUAUGCCUGAGAACCAUGAGCAGUACUAUGGAUUCACCCAGUUUGCAAUUCAAUUAAAUGAAUUGGAGGAGGGUUUAAAGCCACUGUUGCCCCCAACAGACACCCGUUUUAGGCCGGACCAAAGAUUACUUGAAGAGGGUGAUGUUGCCGGAGCAGAAGAACAGAAAGAAAGAAUUGAAGUCCUUCAGAGAGAGAGGAGGAGAGUCCUGCAAGAAAAUAACAUGACCCACUCCCCCCGAUUUUUCAAGCGUGCUAAAGACGACACAUGGGUGAGCAAUGGCACAUAUUGGGAGCUCAGGAAGGAUCCUGGAUUCAGCAAAUUAGAAUUCCCUGUACUCUGGUGACCAACAGUCCAUGCUUUUUUGUAUAUAUUAUCUAGUGCAAUCUUGUUAACAGUGUGGGCUUUAUGUGUACUGUGCAUAUGUUGAUGUUUUUGUAUUGGUAUUUAUCUUUGUUAAAUGUAAACAUUUAUGGCAUUAUAUAGAAAAUAUCUUUAGAAACACAUUUAUGUCUUGACAAACUGCCUUGCAAAUGCACUGACCAAUAACUUUCAUAAGUGCCUGGAUGUAAUUAGUGUUUCCAUUCAAAGUCUUUCUGUUAUUCUUGUUUCUAUCCAA